AUCAAACUGUUUUGCUCAACAUGGUUCGUUUUCUGGGCCUGUCGGCUGUCCUGCCUGCGUCGCUACUCUUCACAUCAACAUCAUUUGCGAAGCCCCAGAAUGAUGUUCUUCCUAGGCAACUGCGCUUGGCAUAUGCCGGAGAACAGGGUAUGAUGGUUAGUUGGAACACUUAUUCUCAGUUGACCAAGCCCACGGUUCGCUACGGCCGCAAGCCCAACCAAUUGGAUCAGGAGGCCUCUUCCGAUGUCUCAGUCACUUAUGAAACAUCUUUGACCUACAACAACCAUGUUCCGUUGCUGGAUCUGGAGCCAGGCACUGUUUACUACUACCUGCCUGAACAUAGCAAUGCUACCGAGCCAUACACUUUCAUGGCCAGUCGCCCUGUGGGGGAUCAGGCUCCAUAUUCGGUCGCGGUAGCAAUUGACAUGGGAGUGAUGGGCCCUGAAGGCCUAACCACCCAUGUCGGCAAAGGCGCAGGCCACCCUUUGAAGCCUGGGGACAACAAUACCAUGCAGUCUCUCCAAGAACAGGGAGCAAGCACGGACUUCUUAUGGCACCCGGGCGACAUUGCCUACGCCGACUAUUGGCUCAAGGAGGAAAUCCAAGGGUUUCUUCCUAAUACAACCAUUGCCGAUGGAUACAAAGUCUACGAAUCCUUACUGAACCAAUACUAUGAUGAAAUGUCGGCCAUCACUUCGAAGAAGCCAUAUAUGGUGGGCCCUGGCAAUCACGAGGCCAACUGUGAUAACGGUGGUACAAGUGACUCAACGCAUCACAUCUCUUACAAUGUCUCCAUCUGUAUGCCCGGUCAAACCAACUUCACCGGCUAUCGUAACCACUUCCGCAUGCCCAGUCCCCAAUCGGGGGGUGUGGGCAACUUCUGGUAUUCGUUCGACAGUGGUAUGGUGCAUUACGUUCAAUUCGACACGGAAACUGACCUCGGGCACGGUUUCAUCGGUCCGGAUGAAAUUGGAGGAAGCGAGGGUGAGGAAAGCGGCCCAUUUAGCACGCUUCGCGACGCCCAGCUCAACUGGCUUGAGAAGGAUUUGAGCUCUGUGGAUCGAAACAAGACCCCAUGGAUUAUUGCUGCCGGUCACCGUCCCUGGUACAUCAGCGCCAAGAAUCAGAGCGGCACAAUCUGCGAGGACUGUCGUAAGGUUUUCGAGCCGAUUUUUCUGAAGUAUGGUGUUGACCUGGUUCUAUCUGGUCACACGCACUUAUACGAGCGAAAUGCACCAAUCAGGACUUUCAAUGCUGACCCUAACGGCUUGAACAAUCCCAGCGCCCCCUGGUAUAUUACCAACGGUGCUGCUGGUCACUACGAUGGAUUGGAUUCCUUGAAGUAUCCUCUCCAGCCUUACUCGCGCGCGGCACAGGACUCGGCGUAUGGUUGGAGCAAGCUCACUUUCCACAACUGCACGCACCUCACCCAUGAGUUUAUCAGCAGUUCCAACGGGACUGUGCUUGAUACUGCUACUCUUUUCAAGAGGCGAGAAUGCAGCGCAAAGCCUUAG